AUGAUCUGUGUCAUGCGGGGAAAUGGGGUGUACAAAGUAAGGAAGCCCCCUGGACUGAGCAAGGAGCCGGAGCGGGGCAAGGAGGAGCUGAGCGCCGAGAAGGGCCCCGAGAAGCCAGACCCCUCGCAGAAGCCCCCCUACUCCUACGUGGCCCUGAUCGCCAUGGCCAUCCGGGAGAGCGCCGAGAAGAGGCUCACGUUGUCCGGGAUCUACCAGUACAUCAUCAGCAAGUUCCCUUUCUACGAGAAGAACAAGAAGGGCUGGCAGAACAGCAUCCGCCACAACCUCAGCCUCAACGAGUGUUUCAUCAAGGUGCCCCGGGAGGGCGGCGGGGAGCGCAAGGGCAACUACUGGACCCUGGACCCGGCCUGCGAGGACAUGUUCGAGAAGGGCAACUACCGCAGGAGACGAAGGAUGAAGCGGCCCUUCCGGCCGCCCCCGACCCACUUCCAGCCCGGCAAGACCCUCUUCAGCCCCGACAGCUACGGCUACCCCUCCCCCCCCCAGCACUUGCCUUUAGAAACCACAUGGGGUUUUAUUAGCCAGACAAGCAGCUGCAGGUUUUGGUGGGCCGGUGAGAAUUCGUUCAAAAUCAGCUGCGCGGCACAGCCAGCAAAUCCCGUGAGAAAUCUCAUCAGGUGGGAUAUUAAAGUGAAGCGCUGGCUCUCCCCGCUCUGCCUUUGGACCCCUGAAGUCCCGGGGGUCCCCAGCUCGGUUUCCCCGGAGGGCGCAGGCAGGCGCCCAGCCGGCUCCGCAGCCUGCCCGGGAGAGGAGCCGCCCCCUGACACCGGCGGAGGCUCCCGGCUUCCCAGCAGGUCCCCGUCAGUGCUACGGGUUUGGUGGCAGAGGAACCGGUCACCUGCCUUCGUUUAG